AUGAGCUCGGAUCUGGAAAUGUACCAAUAUGGAGUCAAGUCAAACCGCUAUUCUUCUGGUCGGCCACCAGUACCCCCACUAGAUAUAGAUCAAUCACCUCACACUCUUUACUCUGAUGAUACAUGUGCAUCUACUCCUUCUGAAACACAAACUGUCAUUGAGCAUCCAUCUGUUCAACCCCGCACCUACCCCAUCGCAUGGCUUGUCUUAUUCUUACUUGUUUUGCUUCGCUCAGCUGUCAGCAUAUACCAAACAACAUUCAGUCCUAUACCUGCAGUCACUGCAGAAUAUAUGGGUGUCAGUUUGACAGCAAUUAAUUGGCUUGCUAAUGUACAAUCUAUUGUAUAUGUCAUUCUUAGCUUUUUCACUGGUUGGAUCUUCGAGACUAUAGGCGUCAAGAAAUCGCUUUUGUUGGCUGCAUGCUUAAAUACUAUUGGAUGUUGGAUUCGCUGGAUAGCCGUUCAAUUCCCACAACCAUCCUUCCCUAUUCUGAUGAUUGGCCAAGUUAUUGCUUCGGCUGCUUGUCCCUUAACCCUCAACAUUAUGACUAUGUUUGCCGCCACAUGGUUUACAGAAAAUCGUCGAGCAACUGCAGGUGUCUUUGUUGCAUCAAAUUAUGGUGGUAUUAUUGCCUACUUCUUGAUGCCUGCCAUUGCAACUGGAAAGGAGCGCAUUGGAUUUACUUUAAUCAUGGUAGCCGUGAUAGCAACCGCUGCUGCUGUUCCAUUCUUUUUCAUCCCUGAAAAGCCACCUACGCCCGCUUCGGUUGUGUCCACAGAACCACGACCAUCGUAUUUUGGAGGUAUCAAAUUACUGAUGUGCAACAAACAUUACUGGGUGUUGUUGAUGAUUCAUGGACUCAACGUUGGCUUAAGCAUCUCGUUUGGUACCUUGUUCACUCAAAUUCUCACGCCAUAUGGCUAUACAAAUUCUCAAGCCGGCAUUCUCUCGGCUGUUGCGCUAGUGUCCGGAACAUUGGGAUGCUCCGUGGCUGGUCCAGUACUAGAUAUCACCAAGCAGCAUAAGCUCUUUUUACGCUUGAUGGCGCCAUUGAUGCUUUCCACAUACGUUGCCUUUAUCUUCAUAAUUCAGAAAAACUCUUUCGCAGCUGUGCUAUACGUGAAUGCCAUGAAUCAAUUUUUCCUUUCCUUCUUGGUACCUGUGGUCAUUGAACUCGGUGCAGAAGCUUCAUAUCCAGUAUCCGAAAGCACAUCGUCUUCUUUCCUCUGGCAGUUUUGUCAGAUCUUUGGCUUUAUUUUCGUCCUCAUCAUGGACCAGCUACGUGAUCCCAAUGGUGAUCCAAAAGAUAACCUUACUCAUGGCUUAAUCUUCCAAUGCUGUGCAGCCGCCGUUUGUACCAUCUUUUGUUUCCUCUAUAAUGGACCCAUGAAGCGAACAGAGGCCCUUCAAUCAUUACGCAGCCACGACAUUGACAACCUUGCCAUCUCCAAGGAAGACCAGGCAUAAUUAUAAUUUACCCCUAAGCCAUGCAUGCAUAACAUAGCCUUUAUACUUCGCGCAGCAACAUUUAAAACCGCUAGAUGAUAGCCUUCUCAUCAUAGGAU